AUGACUCAAGAGCAGGAAAUUGAAGACCCAGAAGUAGACAUGGAUAAAUCCCAAGCUCUCCCGCUGUGGACCACCCAUCAUGAUGGAGAAGUCCUUUUGAGGCUAACCAAGCACGGACCAGGCCACGAGGCUCCCAUGACCAUUCCAGAAUACUUCCGGGAGUCAGUCAGCCGCUUCGGGAUGUACUCAGCUGUCGCCACAAGGAAUAAUGACAAAUGGGAAUUUCUGAAUUACAACCAGUACUACGAGGCUUGUCGGAAGGUUGCAAAAGCCUUGCUGAAGCUGGGCUUGGAACGUUUCAACGGAGUUGGUAUCCUGGGGUUUAACUCAGUCGAGUGGUUUGUCACAGCCAUCGGUACCAUUUUAGCAGGGGGCCUCUGUGUCGGUAUUUAUGCCACCAACUCUGCUGAGGCCUGUCAGUAUGUUAUCAGCCAAGCCAAGGUCAACAUCCUACUUGUUGAGAAUGAUCUACAGCUACAGAAAAUCCUCUCGAUUUCACAAAAAAUGGAGACCUUAAAAGCAAUCAUCCAGUACAAGUUGCCACUGAAGGAGGACAGCAGCAACAUUUAUUCCUGGGCUGAAUUCCUGCAGCUUGGUAGCUACAUUUCUGAUCCCCAGCUGGACUACAUCAUGGAUACCCAGAAGGCCAACCAGUGUGCUGUGAUCAUCUACACCUCGGGGACCACGGGCAACCCCAAGGGCGUGAUGCUCAGCCACGACAACAUCACGUGGACGGCAGGGGCCGUGUCGAGGGACUGUGGCCUGUCUUUGGCCCCAGAGAAGCAGGAAACGGUGGUCAGCUACCUCCCCCUCAGCCACAUCGCAGCCCAGAUGAUGGACCUGUGGAUUCCCAUUAAGAUCGGGGCCGUCACCUACUUUGCUCAACCCGACGCACUCAGGGGCACUUUGGUGAAUACUCUGCAUCAGGUGCGACCCACCUCCUUCCUGGGGGUCCCCCGGAUUUGGGAGAAGAUGCAGCAGAAGCUAAAGGAGCAUACUAGCAAGACCUCGGCUUUGAGGCGGAAAGUGUUCUCGUGGGCAAGAAAUAUUGGCUUGCAGGUCAACAGCAAGAGAAUGAUGGGGAUCCACGACUUACCCAUGGGCUACCGCGUGGCGAAGAGCCUCGUGUUCAGCAAAGUCCGGAGCGCCCUGGGCCUGGACCGCUGUCGCUUCUUUGUGAGCGGGGCCGCACCGCUCACCCAAGAGACGGCUGAGUUCUUCCUCAGCUUGGACAUCCAGAUCUGUGAGAUGUAUGGGAUGAGCGAGACCUCGGGGCCACACACAGUGUGUGCACCGGAGAACUACAAGCUCCUCAGUUGCGGGAAGAUCUUGAAUGGUUGCAAGAACACACUGUACAACCAGAACAAAGAUGGCAUCGGCGAGGUCUGCUUUUGGGGCCGGCACGUCUUCAUGGGCUACCUGGAGCGGAAGGAAGCCACUCUGGAAGUCAUUGAUGAGGACGGCUGGCUGCACUCUGGGGACCUGGGCCGAGUGGACCAACAGGGCUACCUCUUCAUCACUGGCCGCAUCAAAGAGCUCCUCAUCACCGCUGGUGGCGAGAACGUGGCCCCGGUACCCAUCGAGAACUUGGUCAAGGAGAAGCUUCCCAUCAUCAGUAACGCCAUGCUGGUGGGAGACAGGGCCAAGUUUCUCAGCAUCCUGCUGACACUGAAGUGUGAGAUGGACCCAGUGACUGGAGAACCGUUGGACAAACUGACCACGGAGGCCAUCAACUUCUGCCAGCGCCUGGGCAGCCAGUCGUCCACUGUGGCGGAGAUCCUGGAAGUGCAAGACCCCUAUGUCUACACAGCAAUCCAGAAAGGCAUAGACCAGGUGAAUGAGGUGGCCAUUUCCAAUGCCCAGAAGAUUCAGAAGUGGACCAUCUUGGAGAAGGACUUUUCCACCGUUGGUGGAGAGCUAGGAGGCAGGAAGCCAGGCCUCCCCCAGGACCAGAGCUCUCUGGCUUAUUUGGAGAAGGCCUUUUGUCAGGAACUUUGCCGGGUAGAGGAACCCAAGGAAUGA